AAACAAUUGUGUAAUAAUAUGCACCGUCUUUUAAGAUGAUCUUAAUCCUUGAAAAUUAGUUUUAUUUUAUGUUCGAUCGUCAACAUUCACCGAUAGCUUAUAUAUUAUUUAAACAAUAUUGACUGGUAUCAUCCUAUGAAUGCAUUGAAUGAAUAUUCUCUUUCUUAUAGGUCGUAUCCAUUCCCCAAAAAUAGGGGAAACGAUAACACCCGAGGCGAAUGCCUUACUGCUGAUAUGAACGUGUGCAGUUUCAUAUUUUGCCGUUACACAGAUGGGGCUGCGGCGCGGGUUGGGGGAAACUAUACGCCAAAUGGCUCUCGGAGGAUUGGGAAUAUUGAAGAAACUUGGAAGGAGCAUAUCGAUAUUGGUCGUAUCUUGGAAGGUGGAUGGGGGAGAGGGCCUUAACUGUAUUCAUAGCCUCUUCCGUUCGGACUUUUGCCAAGGGCUCGAGUUUAGAAAUUUGAUUUAACUCUCUAACUUUUCUCAGAAAGCGCGGAUCCGGAAGAGUUCAGACGGGGGAGGCUAUUUGAAGAAAGUUGUUGACCGUGAGAGAGGAAAAAAUGGAAAUAACGAUCUAUCUAUUUUU